AUGCUUGAAUAGACUUAUAUAAACAACCAUCUUUUCCUCUACCUAGUAGUGUUACCUGAUAUGUCUAUUUGAGCUGGAGAGAUUAUGCAAAAUUGCCUAUGUGAGGAUGAACUUCCCGCUGCGUAUCACGAGAAUCCUAGCAUGAACGAUUUUACUUCGAAAGUUCAAAACUCUAAGAGACCUGUUCUUCUAUUCUGCCUUUCCAAUUUCCACGAAGAUUUCCUUCCCGAAGUCAAAGAAUUCGCGGAGACUCAUUCGCACCUUGAGAUAUAUGGUAUCAACUCCUUUAUAGUCGGUGAGCUUGCGAGGAGAUUCAAAGCACCCACCACGGCGGAAUUUAUGCUCUGGAAUGGUGGAAAAAUGAUUGUUCAAUUCUCCGGUACACAGUUCUCUGGUCUCAUGGCUGUUUUGCAGGCUAUUGGGACAUAAGUGGUUGAUCCCGGCUCAUCAAAACAAACUUCAUGAAUGCUUCUCAGAUGUAUUGGGUACUCCGUUGAUCGAUAUGUUCCGUUUAUCGGUAAUUAAGCGUCUUUGGUAUCGUUUGCAUCGAAUUUAUGUACAUUCCUAUGCCAAUUCAGGCGAUAUGCAGGGUACCAUUAAGUCUGAUCUCUAGAUCAUCCAUUCCCU